AUGACUGGAAGCCGUUUGAGGCCUUUGCUCCCCACAGAUGAGAGGAAUAUUGCAUCUCAGCUAGAGAAAAGAAAUGGGGAAGUCGGCGGUCCGAAAACCAGAAAGGAGAAGAAUGAUCCUCUUGGCCCUGCUAUAAGAAGUGCUUCCAACUGGAGCUUGGCAGAUAUUUACUCCGGAAGGCCAGAGACUUUACACAAGGCAUUGACUGAUACAGACAACUUUAUUGAGAUGUACAACUCUGAAAAUAGGCAAAAAUCAAGUGGAAGAAUACCGGAACUCAAUGAGGACAUGCAUGGAAGCAGUGACGACGACCAAAUAACCCUGGAAGAAGAAACAAGUGCGCUCGCGCAGCAGCCGAACCAGGAGUACCACAGCGGGUAUGAAGAUGAUAACUCGCAGGUAAAUGGCGAAAAAGGUGAGGUAGAAGAUGAUGUAGAAGAUGAGGAAGAAGGGGAAAACAGCGACUCUGGUCUAGAAUACGAAAUGGCACUGGAUCCUGAAUUAAAAAAGAGAAGAGAGGAAUGGGCAGAAAGGGGUGCUGCCAAGAUUGUACAAGAAGUGACUAACCCAGCGACAGGUAAAAAAAUUAAACGAGUAAUGAAAAAGGGCAUAAAAGAUUUCAAAUUUGGUGAAAACUUAGGUGAUGGUUCGUAUUCAACCGUUAUUUUGGCCACUUCUAAAGACAGUGGAAAGAAAUACGCUUUAAAGAUAUUGAAUAAAGAAUAUUUGAUUCGUCAAAAGAAAGUUAAAUAUGUUAAUAUUGAAAAAAAUGCUUUGCAACGCUUGAACAAUUCGCGAGGUAUUGUAAAACUGUUUUUCACUUUUCAAGAUGAGUCAAGUUUGUAUUUUUUAUUGGAAUAUGCCCCAAAUGGUGAUUUUCUUUCAGUAAUUAAAAAGUUUGGCUCUUUAAAUGAGGAAUGUGCAAGCUAUUAUUCUGCUCAAGUUAUUGAUGCAAUCGAUUUUAUUCACUCAAAGGGCAUUAUUCACAGAGACAUUAAGCCAGAAAAUAUCUUGCUAGAUAAAGAUAUGAAAGUAAAAUUGACAGAUUUCGGGACUGCAAAAAUUUUGAAAUCUAAGGAAGGUACGACGGAAUCAUUCGAUCUUUUAACGAGAGCAAAAUCCUUUGUUGGUACCGCAGAAUAUGUAUCACCAGAGCUGUUGAAUGAUAGCUACGUUGAUUACAGAUGUGAUAUUUGGGCUUUUGGAUGUAUCUUAUUUCAAAUGAUUGCCGGAAAACCACCAUUCAAAGCAACAAAUGAGUAUUUGACCUUUCAAAAAGUGAUGAAGGUUCAAUAUGCGUUCACCGCUGGAUUUCCUCUAGUAAUUAGAGAUCUUGUUAAAAAAAUCUUAAUGAAACAACCUGAUCAAAGAUUGUCUAUUCCUCAAAUCAAGAAGCAUUAUUUCUUUGAAGGAAAAAAUUUCAAUGAUGCCUCUAUAUGGUCUGAUGCUCCGCCGGAAAUUCAACCGUACAAGGUUAGCGCUAAAUCUAUGCAACCUGUUCCUGCAUUGAGUUCGAGUUCAGUUUCUCAGCUGAAACGCCCGCUUAUUACGAAAACUAAUACCAAGUCGACCACAUCUAUCGCAAGUAGCCGUACGCCCGAACCCAUAAGCGGUAGUAACAGCAAAAAAAAUACAAUAUCCUCAAAUUUACCUGUUACAUCCACUUCUAAAAAGGCUCUCGAUGAGAGGACUGCUCAAAUACUAAAUAAUGCAAGGAAAGCCGUCGGUAGUAGAAAGCAAUCCCAACCCUACAGAACGUCGGGUGGUGGUGCGGCAUCUGCGGCAUCUGCAGCAUUGACAAAAAAGGGUAAAUCCCCACCACCUCAAGCAACUAGAACAACUUCUGCGGCGAACUUAUCUGAUACGCCAUCUUCCAAACCGAGGGCCUCAACUUCAACGUCAAGAACCACAACUUUAAUUGGUUUAAGCGCAAAUAAUUCCAGUGGAAGUAUCAAUGGAACAACUGGAUCACGCAAAACUUCGGAGAGCUUCACGGCAGCCUACUCCAGCGCAGGUACCACCUCAAAUUUACCUUCUAGUUCAGAUAGAAAUGACAUUCCACCACUCCCCUCGAUGAGCAGGAUUGACAUUAUGUGGUCAUAUUAUCUAAAGAAUAUUGACGAGCGUGUUUUAGCUGCAGAUGAGAUAUAUCUGGCGGUGCUAGAAACGGAAUCGUUUGAAAAGCGGGUUCAGAGAGUGCACGGAUCUUUGGUCGAGCCACAAGGCAAUGGUACUUCUAGAGGUACCCUUCUAUCGCAGGUCGCUAGAGGGGGGGGUGGAGUCACUGGAUUCAGGAAUGACUCAAGUAAUAAAAUACUACCAGAAAAAAUGUAUUACGAAGAAAUGUUAUUAGAUAAUGAGAAGAUAACCAAAGAUUAUAGAAAACCAGGUGGUGAAUCUGCACCAGCUCAUAAUAAUGGAGCGUCAUCACCUUCAUCUGGCUCCAAUGAAACCGCAGAUGAAAAUGGAAAUUUUGCCUUGACAGAUAAAUUCAAAAAGCUGUUCCAGCACACGACUAGAACUGAUAAUAUAUCAAUCCCUGUACCUCCCAACGAGUAUUUCAAAAGAAUGCUUUUAAUUACGAGUCUUGGUAGAUGUUUAAUAUUUGUGAAGAAGACUAAAUGUAUUCCUGACACGAAUCUCAAUUAUGAGCUAGUUUAUGAUAUUAAUCUCUGUCAAUCUGGUAUUAAGGUUAGAGAAAUUAUCUGGCCGUCAGCUGAAACUAGUAGUGAGAGGUCUUUCACCAUUCAAACGCCUUACAGCUCGUUUGUUUUCAAGUCGGAUAAACAAACAAUGGAUAAUUGGUUGAAUGCAAUCAACAGAGGGAUUCAAAUAAACCACGAAAGAGUUGUGGCGAAAUUAAAGAGAGAAGAUGAACAAAAUAGUAGCGCUCUUAAAGCUGCAAGAAUGGCAAGCCCCAAGCUAGCUCGUGGUGGCAAUCAAUUUGAUGCCUCCAUCACAUCCGAUUCUACUAUAAUAGCCCAGCAACAAACUCCAACGUUUCCAUCUCCCAGUUUACAUUCAAGAAGUGGCACACUUCCUGGAAAAAAACAUGCAUCCUCUACUACUGGGACAACAUCUGCGACUGCGAAAGGAAGUCGUAUUUUUGAGCACUUUGUAAACUCGAAGGAAAAAUCGAGAAAGCAUGCAAGUCCUGUUCCAAUAGCUACCAAAUUGGUUAAUGGACUUCCGUCGAACUCAACACAAAGCUCAAUAGGAUUAGGAAUAUCAGAUUUAGAUGUUAGUGGUACAACGUCUCUUUCUUUUUCAAAGAGUUCAAAAAAGACUAUUUCGGAUGGAACCUCCAGGCUGCUUUCCAGGAGUGAAAUUUCUUUCAGGCCUAGACAGUGA